ACACACACACACACACACACACACACACACCACUACAGUAUAUCAGCGAGUGACUAGCGGAGAGCCAGAGGGGAGUGCAGAAAUGAAUGUGAAGAUCCUGACGCUGGUGAUUGUGCUCUUGGUGUCUCUGCUGUGUUCUGCCAGUGCUGGUCCCAUGGCCUCCACGGAGCAUGGCAGAGAGCUGGAAGAGGCGGCUACAGCGAGAAAAAUGGUCCAGCAAAACCCUGGGAGGGGCGGUCAGAGCCACAGACCAGCCGGCUGGAAGAGGAGACGCCCACGGCCACGUCUUUCCCACAAGGGACCCAUGCCGUUUUAGAGCAAGGCACUGCUUUGAGCGCCCUCCCCCAGGUUCUGAUUUCUAUGCUCUUCCUUUGCCUUGGGGGGCCUUGCAACGAAGGGCCUACGCUUGCCCAGCCUGAAGAGUGAUGUCCAUAACACCUGCUGGUUCUUCAAGCAACUCUGUCCACAAAAAUCAGGACAAGCCGCUCACCCUCAGCUCUAGGAGGAAUUGGGGGCAGGGAAGGGGGGUGGG